AUGGCUGACUCGUGAGUUGCUCCGAGAGAAGAGCUCAAUCGGAAAUGCGCAUUACAGUCAAGAAAAGAAGGUCAAGAAGCAUCACCAUCAUCACAAUAAUCACAAUAAAUCAGUCAUUCCGCCGAAAAAGUCAAAGGGGCCGAAGAAGAAGAAGCACGGAAGAUCGACCACCAAACUGAGUAUGUCGACGUCGAAAGGGAGUGUGAAUGUGGCGGAGUCGAGGAUGAAAGUGAAGAAGGAAGAGUCCUACGAUACGCUUCCCCUCGUGCCUACCAUUGCUGCCUCCGACACGGCCGUCAACUUUUGGAGCGAGCAGCCAUCGACGCCGACGAAGGCGCCGAAGGGAACGGGGGACGGGAUGAGCAUGCCGACCGUUGGAGUCUCGGCUCCUCAUACCCCUCUCCCUCCGAUCACCGUGCCAGUUCCUGUCUCUCCUCCACCUCCGCCGCCGCCCCCGCAGAAGUGGAAGGCGGAGGAAGUGGCGAUGAGAUAUAUGGAGAAGCUUGGUAAGGGAAUCGGAAAAAAAACUCAAAGAUCAUAAUAUAUGUUUAGAUGCGGCGAUGGCCCGUCUCGAGUACGUCGAGGUGGUUUCGUCGACGCAGGUGAAUAUCGAGAGGGACUGUCAGAUCUGGAAGAAGAAUCUGCAGAAGAACCAGAAUGACGCCUACCCGAUCAUGGACGCAACACUCGUCAAGAUCCCGAAUCAGCCGGACGACUACGUGAAUCUCUCCGCCAUCACGGUCCCCCACUGUCAAUAUCCGAUUCUGAUGGGUCAAAUACCGAAGAAGGGGUGCGAGGAAGAGUUCUGGAAGGCGACAUUCUACGAGGGAGUCGUCAUGAUGUACGUGCUGAUCGGCAAGGACGACGAGAGUUGCGAGUUCUUCCCGACCACCAAUGGAGCCUACUGCUACUACGGAUGUAUGUUCAUCAACAUCCGAAAGGUUCCGACCCAUCGAGUCCCCUUCAUAAUUCUUGUGUUCAGGUCGAGAAGAUGGACGAGGAACGUACCCGGUACACGAUCGAAGUGCUUCCGAACGGGCUCUCCAACUCGGUCAUGACGAAUGUGUACGUGCACACCGGCUGGGAGCCGCACGGCGUGCCCGUCAAGUACGCCAACACGACUCGCUCCGUCGUCGACGUCAUGAACUUUUUGAAGACGUCGAAUGGGACCGACAAACUGAUGAUCGUCUCGAGGAACGGAGUGGGAAGGGCCGGCUUCUUCGUCUCGUUGGGAGCCGCCUUCUGCUGUCUGAACGACCAAUCGGAGCCGCGCAUCGGCGAGAUUGUGAAGGCGAUUCGGCUACAGAGACCGAAUGCGGUGGACAGCAUGAAGCAGUACGCGUCCCUUUACCUCUGUCUUCUCUACUACAUCAAGAAGAAGAGCACGAUCCCGGACGGAAUGAAGCAGAAGGUUGAAGACGUGACGAAGGCGUUCGAGGCACUCAUCAGAGAGGAUCUUUCGAUCAUGUACUGA